AUGGGUUCCUUGAAGCGUUCAUCAUCGUCGUCUUUGCCUAUUGAGUUAGUAGAAGAGAUAUUUUACAAGACUCCGGUGGCAUCUUUGGUACGAUUCAAACCGCUUUGCAAACAAUGUGUAUGCCGUGACACUGACAACUACAAGAUCUUGAGGUUUGAUAAAGGAGACAAAUAUGUUGAGAUAUAUGAGUUCAAGUCUAAACUCUGGAGAAGUGUUGAAUAUGCUAGUCUUGAUUGUUGUGGUGUAAAACUUGGGCGUGGACGGUGCCACGUGAAUGGAAACAUGUAUUGGAUUGCUUAUAGGAAGGGAGAUAACUCCCAUAUCGAAUUCGCCAUCCAAAGUUUUGAUUUCUCCACAGAGAAAUUCAAACACAUGUGUUGCAUUCCCUUUGGACGUUAUAAUUGGUUGGGUUUGAAAUAUGUACCCGCAGUAGACUUGUCAGGUUUCGGAGGAGAUAGGCUUUCUCUAUCACAUCGAAGAAAAGACGAUGUGAAGAUGUUUGAUGUGUGGGUUACAAACAGAGUGACUGAUAGGAUUGUCUUGUUGAGCAAGUAUAUUAAUGUGAAUUGCCCUUAUCUCCCAAUCUUACGCUCUAGUCACAAUCACCGUUUUUUUACAUAUUUCAUCCACAAGACCAAUAAUAUCAUGGUAUGGAGCGAAUUAGAUUUUGAAAAGAAAUCUGUUUACCCCAAUGUUUACGAAAUGGGUGAGGGUAAGAUCAAGAAACAAGUUGAGACAGGACCAAGUAAACGGUCUGGUAGCCUUCUCCACUAUGUGAUGAACUAUGUUCCAAGUCUGGUUCCGGUUCCAGAAUAA